AUGGACGAAUCACGAAAAAGAGCUGUCUCUACUGCAAAUGCUAAAAAUAUAAGUUCAUCCCUUGAUGAAGACUUUGGGAAUGAUUUUCUUUCAUCUUGGAAGUUACCAAAAUCAGGAAAAGACACAAUUGACUUCACAGUUCCAAAGAGUAGCAAGAAAUUCAGCUUUGACAAUCUAGAUGAUUUUGGGCUUGAUGGAGCCUUUGACAAAUUACCAUCCUUUCAAAUGGGCAUGUCUGAUCUGGAUUUUUCAAGCCCUCAGAAGAAAAAAGUGAAGCACAGCAGUUCAAAUGCAGAUCUUUCUGAAGAGAAAAAGGAAACUGACAAGGACAAUUUCUCCUUUUCCUUUGAUUUCAACGAGCUGGGAAAGUGUAGUCUUGAUGGAAAGCUAGGAAUUGAAGAAAAGAGUACGAGUAGAUUUACUGGCAAAUCUGACCCUGUCUCCUCAGAGGUUAAGAAGGAUACACAAAGAUGUCUUUCAGCCAAGGGCAAUGCUAUUCUUGAAGAGAAUAAUAGUACGGACAAAGCACAUACACUUGAUACUUGCACUUUGAGACCUUCUCAUCUAACCAAUCAUGAGAGUGUGAAGAAUGUCAGUCAACCGACUUCAAAUAUCAAUGCUGCUGAUUCAUCUGACAAGAUGCAAGAACAUACCAGUGUUAAUCCUGCUACAAUGGAACAAACUAAAGUAGAUUCAGUGCUCAAUGACAAUCCUGGAGAGCAACCUAUAGAGAUAUACCCAAUGAAGGCAGCUGUUAACAUACCUUCUCAGGAUUUCUCCUGCAGUGCCAUAUCUAGUGAAGAUCCAACACAAGGGCUAGCAGAUCCUGUGAACAGUAACGAUGCGCCUAUAGUGAACUCUGGUAAAGUUCAUGUAUCAAGGGAGAGUAAUGACGAUGAGCAGUCAAAUGGUUUACGAUCCAGGGACACCAGCAUUAUUAAUCCCAAUGUCUCAAGAAGACCGGUGGGCCAGUUUAAUUCCCGGAAUGAGGUUCUGGAGGAAAGUGUUUCGCUUAAUGAAGGAAGUCAAGACAACCAAAGUUUUAUUGGCGCUCCUAAGAAGUUUUUAAAGAAGACAUCACAUGGGACAAAGAAUACUGAGGAAGAGAUUUCAGGUCCCAAGAGUCUCUCUUGUUCAAUGCAGAGGGAAAUCAGAAGUGUUGAACCUGCACUGACGAAGGAGAGAGGAAGCUUCUCUCUUUUAUCCAAGUCUGUACAUAUGAAAGCAACUAGGGUCGAACUAGCUUCAGAAACAGCCUUAAAUCAAUUGUCCAGUGCAAGUAAAGUGAUAAAAAAGAUGACUACACAUCCUACAGACUUGGAGAGGGAACACAUGCAAGCUAAUGCAAUACCUGACAAAUCUAAAACUGCUUUAUCAAAAACAUACAGCAAGCCAGCAUCAAAUGGUCUGUUGGCCACCUCCAUGAAUGUCAAAGGUGACAGGAAUGCCAAAUUAGGCCUUGAGCCUCCUAUCUCGGGGAACUCGUCUCUACUGAAUGCUCGAAGGAGCACAGCAAAUAGCGCUGGACAUAAAGUUGUUGCAAAUCAUGUGCUUCUGAAAAGUAGCAAUGCUUCUGAUUCAUUGCAAGGUGUUCCUUCCAAAGAUAAUAAAAUAUCAACAAUUUCUCAACUGACAGGAGCAAGAAUUACAAAAUUAGGAAUCAGAAGUCCGAAGUCUGACAUGGUUCCAGAGAAGGAAUCAGUACAAGUGAGUGGGACAAAGGGUUCCCCUGUAACAACAUCGAGAAUCCUUGACUCCAUUCCUGAAGGAAAACCUGCACUGCCUAGCCCAUCCAUAAUGCAGAAAGUUCCUGAGUACCGUAUGGGCCCCUGGGCCGGCUCCACUUGCCAUAACACUACUCCGCCCCUCCAAGACAGCUCGUCCUCGAGCUGUGGCGAUUGCUGGAGCAGAAGACCUUGCAGUCCAGAGAAGAUCACCAUGGCAGCCCUGCUCAAGGAGUCCUAUGUUGCAGUUGUAAUCGAGGCAGAAGACAUACGGCUCCACAAAAUCAACUCCGUCCCGUGGAAUCUGCUUCUGCAAUGCCACGGCCCUGCUCGAGGGAUCGGUGCUGUGGCUCGUAGAGGCAGCGACAAAGGCACCAUGUCCGCCAAUGUUGGUGCAAGGUUGAUCGCCUGCAUGGGUGACGCUGGUGAAGAGACUGCCAAAGUCGUGAUAGCCGGGGUCUUCACUGGUGGUGCCACAAUUGUCGGCAUAGGGGACAUCAGGGCCGGAGAUGGUAACGACAUCCUGGCCCUGGCCCUCCGAAAAUCACCUCAAACUGUUCCAGAGUUGGGAAAUGAAAUGAUUCUGGGAAGUGGAACUCCAAAAGCUCAUGUGGAUAAUACAAUCUCUUCACGUAUGCCACCUGGGAUGGAAGCCAUUUCAGAUCUAGAGCUGCCUGUGUUGUUAGAAAAUGAUGGAAACAUAGAAAGAGCUGAGGCUUGUAGAAAGGAGCUUGAGGAUAAAUUUGCAAACAACCUGAGAUCCAAGUACUUAUUUGAGGAAGUUGGCACCAUUAACGCUGGAUGUGUCAUGUACUACUCUGGCCAAUUCUUGAAACUGACCACCUUUACUUUUACUGUUUCAAGAAUUACUACUAUAUGGCUGUCUAUUAUCAAUAUUGCCUUUGCUGGAACCUCUUAUCUGCCACUUCUACUGCUACUAUUGGUGACAAAACGUUCACAUUGGAUUGAUGCUAGGGAGAAGUUGCAAGAGCAGAACCGUGGUUGA